AUGGCGUCUAUUAAGGUUUACUGCGCGCAAUCACAAUUCUUGUCUGUCCGCACAAAAACGAUAUAUGCGGAUAAUGCUCGGAAGCUCGGAUCUCCAGAGAUGGAAUGCCAGAACUUUACGCCCUGUGUGACCUUUUCUAUGCUGGUUAAGGAUCGAGCUUCAUCGAAUGCCGAGUUAUUGUCGGUGCUUAUCGGCCUAUAUGGCUCUCGUAUACCUCGUGUGCGCUAA